UAAGUUCAUUCGUUAACUCGCUGUGUCAAAGUUCUGGUUAAUUGGCAAGCUUCGUCUCCUUUUCGCCUGUUUUGGAUGAAUAUUCGUAUUUUUUUUUUUUAUUAAGCUUAUAUUGUAGAAUUAGCGGUCAUUUUGCUGUUUUAGAAAUAAUCAGGUAUUUAUGAAUACGGCAAAUAAUUUAGGCAUUUAUGUCUUUAUGAUUAUUAAUAUUAUAUAGAAGUACAAUUAAAAUAUUUUUAAAAUAAGUAUUGUGGGUAGACUAAAAUAUUUUUUAUAUUUAAGACGUACGGUGUUAGAUUUCCAAUAUAGUUUAGGUGCUUAUAGGGAAUGGAGUAAGCACGGAAUUGGUGGGUUUUUCCAGUGAAGUGAAUGUAUGACGCGUAUUGGUGAGCACGCGGAGUGCGAGAUGCGAGGUGGUGGCGGUCCCAACGUAACGUCCGUGGCGGGCCGGCGGGCGGUAAGCAAGGGAUGCAAUCUCGGGUUCAGUGGUGGACGGACGAUCGCAUCGGGCUGCGGCAGCGGCUCUCAGUGUCGCUCAGAUCGCGACGCGCGGUGGUCGUGCGUCGAGCGCGUGUGGAGUGAUGUCUGCGAGAUGAGGCUGUCGCUGGUGCUUCUGUGGCUGGGCGCGGCGGCGGCGUGCGGCCCGGGCCGUGGGUUCAACCGCCGCCACGGACCGCGCCGCAUCACCCCCCUCGUCUUCGGUCAGCACGAUCCGAACACUAGUGAGAACAAAAUGACCGCCAGUGGCCCUCCUGAGGGCCGCAUCUCCAGAGACGACGAGAGAUUCAAAGACUUAGUGCCCAAUUACAACCCGGACAUCGACUUUAGGGACGAUGAGGGCACGGGCGCCGAUCGGCUCAUGACUCAGAGGUGUAAAGAGAAGUUGAACACACUCGCGAUCAGCGUGAUGAACCAGUGGCCCGGCGUGAGGCUGCGAGUGAUCGAGGGCUGGGACGAGGAGAACUCGCACUUGGACAAGUCGCUGCACUACGAAGGCCGGGCGGUCGACCUGACGACCAGCGACCGCGACCGCAGCAAGUACGGCAUGCUCGCGCGCCUCGCCGUCGAAGCCGGCUUCGACUGGGUGUUCUACGAGAGCCGCUCUUACAUUCACUGUUCUGUUAAAACAGAAUCAUCAGUAGGAACGGGGGCUGGGUGCUUCCCGUCCGGCGCUGUGGUGCACACAGAAGAGGGUCCUCGACUCAUAGACACCAUACAGAAAGGCGACCGCGUGUUGGCAGCAGAUGAUAACGGAAAAAUGGUUUAUUCAGAGGUGGUGACAUUUAUUGACCGAGAUCCAAACGCAACUCGGCACUUCAUCGAGGUGACAGCUGAGAACGGCGUGACGAUAACGACCACCCCGUCUCACCUGUUACUCCUUGCUGCCGCUGACGGCUGGCGGGAGUCGUUUGCCGCAAACGUAGAAGAAGGUGACGUCCUCUUGACUACGGGGCAGGGAGGAGUUAUGAGGCCGUCGAAGGUCGUCAAAACUCGUAUGGUGAAAAAACGGGGUGUGUUCGCCCCUCUCACGAAACUUGGUACAAUAAUAGUGGAUGAUGCCUUAGCGUCGUGCUACGCGCUCGUCCGGAGCCACUCGCUCGCGCACGCCGCGAUGGCUCCCCUGCGGUGGAUGGCCAGCUGGAGCGGUUCUACGGGAACAGCCGACGGUGUACAUUGGUACGCCAACGCUCUGUACUCGUUCGGCGACUAUGUGCUGCCGACGUCGUACAGGUAUCGCUGAUGAUGCGCUCAGUGGCAGGACGUUCAACCGAGCAGCAUGUACACACAGACGGCGCGCGCGGGACGUGCACGAGGACCCUUGUAAAUAAUGCUUAGUGUAAAUAAACGUGAAUCGGACCGAAUACGAAAAUGUAAAUAUCGCUCGCGAACACUUCAAUGUUUUCUAUAUUACGAAGACGACAACGAUUGUAACUUAUCUUUAUAAGAAUUUAUUUAUAAAAAUAGGUUUAAGUAUCAUUUUUGCAAAACACGUAUUGAUUAUUUAGUUAACAUUACGAUUAUUUGUAAAUUGUGUCGGUAUUGUUAUUCUGCACAAUGCAGAAAUACUUAAAUGUAUGCGCUUAUGUUCUUUUAAGUUACUGUAUAAAUAAAUAUUAAUUGUAUUCAUUUUAGCGAAUUUGAGUGAUCGCUUUUUGAUAUGAAGUAUAUUUUUUGAUGCAAAACAGUAUUCAGUGUAUAUGUCGGCGCAACGCGCGACGGUGCGACGUUCGGCGCACGACGUGGCCGACUCGUAACUCGCGUGUCGCGGCUCGUAACCAGACAUUCCAUGACUACUCUUCUAACUACUUACACACAUUACAAAUCAUGAAAAUGUGAUCACGGUACCUAAAACAGUGCCUUAAGAUUUAUUAUUUAUUGUUAUUUAUAAGCUAAGUGUCUAUUUAUGAAUUGACGAAAAUAUUUAGUUCUAACUUAUUUUUUCUGUUCAUUGUCAUCUUUUUGAUUUACUAAACGCCUUUACCUAUUUAUUUCUCUAUCUGUCGAUCGUUUCUUUCUCUUAACUUAUUACUUGUACUUACGUGUAAUUACUAGCUUUGAAUGUUCCUUAUCUGUGCAUGACUGCGUUUUGUACCAAGUAACAACAAAAUGUUUCGCACACGGAGCAGUAAUAGUAUAUUUAGAUAUAUAGAAGUUAAAAUGAACAUGUAACCUGUUUAAGAUAUCCAGUGCUAUAAGGACCGGCGUCUUAUUUCAUAUUCGCGUUGCAGUUGACGUCGGCUUUAUCUGUAGAUCGUAUUAAAGAUCUUGAACUGAUGUAAGGGUUCCUAUAGAUUGAAUUUAGUGGAAUAUAAUAUGUGAAAAUCAAUAACAUUUAGUGAAUAAUGUAGAACAAUGUGUGUUCUCAUAAUUAACAUUUUAACUUGCACUUUCGAAAGCAUAUUGUAGAGAAUUCUAACAAAACUUGUAAGUACCUUAAUAAAUAGAAAAGCUUUAACUAAUGUUUUGACAAUAGGAUUACGCCAUAAUAAUUGCCAUAUUAUAUGUUAGUUUUUAAAACUAACUAUUUCGCUUUUAGGCCUCAAUUUAUCCGUAAAAAUAGAAAAAUCAAUUUGUCCUUUACGAAUUACAUUUAAUUCUUUCAUUUGUUUCCGUUGUUUCUGUGUCUCUUAACGAUUCUUGUGUUUUGGUUACAUUAACAGAAUAUAUUCUGACCCGAAGGAGUGAAAUACCUACGAAGUAUUUAUAUAUAAAACUUAGUCGCUAAUAGAAAAACUUAUUUCUAUGUGUGUUAAGACAAAAUGAAUAAAUUUAUAUACAUAUUAUUGUCAAGCCGUUAUGUCCUAGGUGAUCUAAAUGCCCUCAAAUACAUCGGACAAGCACUUAUUACAUACCUAUAUACGUAACAUCUAUAUAGUAUAUAGAUGGACGAGUACACUUUAUUUACAUUUUUCAUCAUUGGAUUUAUAAUAUUGGCUGUUUAAAUAAAAACUGUGGCUAAAUUAAUCCCUUUGUCUUUAAGCAGUAUUAAACUAACGGUGUAUAGUUAAAUUAUUCAAUCAACUUACGUCUUUCAAACCAUGAUCAUUGUACAUACUUCACUAUAAUUUCUUUACCUAGUUUAUUUAUAAAAAUCAGAGCAACUGAAGGAAUGAUAUUUUCAUAUAUCACAAUGAAAUUGGUUUUGCUAUAAAACCAUUAUUAAAAUUUAUUCUUUGUGCUAUAAUUGACGUAUUUUAUUACUAAAACCUAUUGCUUUGUGUCUUUAUUUAUUUAUUGUAGUUUUCUCGUAGGUAUUAAAUAUUAGUCUCCUGAAUGGCAUCACGGUAUUAUAAUGUAUUUUAAACCUUCUUAUAAAGAAACAAAAAUGUUGAAUACCUACAUGUAAUUCGAAGUGCCCACAACAAGGCACAUCAAAAUAUUUGUCAUAUUGUCAAGAUUAUAACGUCUAACUAAAUAAAAUGUUGGCUUCGUGGAC